AGAAAGCGGCCGUACAUACAAUAUAUCAUACUUUUACGUAAAAUUAAAAAAAAAAGUAUUAUAAUCAUUGUACUUGUUACUCAUUUUAAUACAACAAUUAUAUAUCCUCAUGAGAGUGCAUUUAAUACCUGUGUAAUUUAUUAAAGUGACAUUGCAUCCACAUAAACUCCAAAAUCUCAAUGGGCAGUAUUUAUCCAUCAAUAAAAACCAGUGAUGUAAAAUUAAGUCACUUGACACACGACGAUUUAUAGGAUGUGAUAUAUCCUUAUGGGGUGAAAGUGCCUCAUAACGCCGUAACAAUAAUCAUCACAGUAUAAUAAACCUCGACCAAACACACAACGAUAAUGUUGUCAUACUGCUGUAGCUCGAGCCACCGCGUGUUGUUGUGUCUGACACUGUCAACAAUGGCCGCGAAUGUCUACGGCGACAUUCUUGUCUUCUCAGACAAUUCGCAGCAUCAAAUAGAAGAGGAGUUCCGCGAUGUACCUGCUAGAUUCGGCCCACUUAUUCCCGUCGAGGGAAUCAGAGGGAGAGUUGUUUACGCACAGCCGCCAACAGCGUGUCGUGUAAUAGCUCCACCGCCGAAUGAGACUAAUUACACCGGUUUAUGGAUAGCAUUAAUAGCUCGUUACAAUUGUAGCUUUGAAAUAAAAGUACGAAUGGCACAAAAAGCUGGCUAUGAUGCUGUUAUUGUUCAUAAUGUUAAUAGUAAUGAAUUAGAACCAAUGUCAGCCAAGGAACCACUUGGAAUAAUUAUCCCAUCAGUAUUUGUAAGCUCGAUAACGGGCUUAAUAAUAAAAGAAAAUUAUUUAUGGGACAAUGAUUUCUCAGUGUUGAUAAAUGAUGAUAUUCCAUUUAAUAUCAACACACAUUUGUUACUCCCGUUCGCGAUUGUUGUGGGCAUAUGUUUCCUAGUCAUGGUUAUUUUCAUGGUUGUAAGAUGUAUAAAAGAUAGACGUAGACAGCGUAGGCAUAGAUUACCUAAGUCGAGUUUGAAGAAAAUACCCACGCACAAGUACACAAAGGGCGAUCCUUAUGAGACUUGUGCCAUUUGUUUAGACGAUUAUGUUGAAAAUGAUAAGCUGCGUGUACUACCUUGCGCUCAUGCAUAUCAUACAAAGUGUAUUGAUCCCUGGCUGACGAAAAAUAAGCGUGUGUGUCCAGUUUGUAAGCGCAAAGUUUUCGCAGCCGAUGAGAGAAUAAUCACUGACAGUGAAAGUGAUUCAGAUGCCGAUGACUCGACUCCGUUAAUCAGAGACGGUCAUCAAGGCACACAAGGUGGUACAUUCACACCGCAGCGUGAGAAUCCAUUCACCCGAGCAUUAAGAUCACAACAGAGACGUAAUUCAAAUUUGUCAAACAGCAGUGACGAUUCCUUCAGGUCGCUGAUAACAUCAGGCGGUAGUAGGAGCUCCCACAACGGUGAAACAUCUGGCAACACAACCUUUCUAGUAUCGGACACUCACAGCAUAAAUGGUGAACCGUCCGAUUUCGAACGCUCUACAGACAGUAAUAACACUUUUACGGUUACUGUAUGUAGUGCAGACGCUGAAGAACAUCCAGCAUCAGUGGUUCACAUUUCACAAUCUCAAUCUCAAUCUGCAGCGCAGGUUCCACCUACAACUUUCGCUCCUGUUAACUCACAUCAGGAUAGUAAUUUUAAUUUAGCUGAAAUGUUACUGGGUAAAUUUAAUGUUUAAUGACAUUUACACACAUCACAUAUUUUAUCUCUAAAAAUAAUUA